AUGGUGUCCAGGCCUUUGUCCUUUGUUCCGGCCUUGUACAAAAUCUUUGAUGAGAUCCUUGUCAAUGCCGCGGAUAACCUCAUCCGCGACCCCAGCAUGGACACCAUUAGGGUGGAGAUUGACACUGCAAAGUCCAGGAUCUCUGUCUGGAACAAUGGGAAAGGUCUUCCCAUCGAAAUCCACAAGGAGCAUGGCUGCUACGUGCCUGAGCUGGUUUUUGGCCACUUAUUAACCAGUGACAAUUACAAUGACUCCGAGAAGAAGGUCGUGGGUGGCCGGAAUGGAUAUGGUGCAAAGCUCACCAAUAUCUACUCCAAGAGCUUCAUCGUGGAGACCGCCGACUCCAGCAGGGAGAAGCGCUAUCGGCAAGUGUGGCACCAAAACAUGACGAGCAGAGAGCCACCGGAGAUCUCCAAAUGCAAAGGCCAGGAUUUUACCUCUGUCUCCUUUGAGCCAGAUUUUUCUCGUUUUGGCAUGACACAUCUUGAGGAGGACAUCGUAUCCUUAAUGCAACGGCGCGCGUACGACAUUGCGGCCUCCACACGUGGCCGCUGUCACGUCUUCCUCAACGGGCGCCAAUUGGACGUUCAGUCCUUUGAGGAUUACGUGGGUAUGUUUUUGGAGUCUGAUGACUUCAGGCGAGUGGAGACCUGUGGGGAUCGAUGGCAGGUGGCGGUCGCUUUGACCAAUGGAAGCGGCUUCAGACAGGUAAGUUUCGUGAACUCCAUUUGCACCAGUCGAGGAGGCACACAUGUGAACCACGUCACUGAGCAGGUGGUCGCGCGGGUCAUGGAGGAGAUCGGUCAACAGAAGUCCGACAAGGCUGGACACCUCUCAGUGAAGCCGCAGCACGUGCGGAACCAUCUCUGGAUUUUCGUGAACUGCCUCAUUGAAAACCCCGCCUUCGACUCCCAGACCAAGGAGACGCUCACCACCAAAAAGGAACGCUUUGGCUCGCGCUGUGAGCUCUCUGACGAUUUGUUGCAGGGCAUCGUGGACUGUGGGCUCAUCGAAUCGUUGAAAGAAUGGUCAACGGCGAUGGGAAAGAGCGAGCUCGCCCGGCACUUGAACAAGAGCGAUUUGGGCCUUCAAAAGCGGUUGUUUGGCAUCCCAAAGCUGGAGGAUGCAAACAAGGCGGGCACCAAAGACUCUCAAGACUGCACAUUGAUCAUCACCGAGGGUGACUCAGCCAAGGCUUUGGCCGUGGCAGGCCUCCAGGUGGUGGGCAGGGAUCACUAUGGUGUCUUCCCUCUGCGCGGGAAGCUGCGAAAUGUGCGCGAGCUGACCGUCAAACAGAUGAUGGACAACAAGGAGAUCGAAGCCUUGAUGAAGAUCAUGGCUUUUGAUGCCUCCAAACAGUACGAUGACACCAAGGGCUUGAGAUAUGGCUCCUUGAUGAUCAUGACAGAUCAGGACUUUGAUGGCUCGCACAUCAAAGGCCUGGUCAUCAACUUCAUUCAGCAUUGGUUCCCCGGGCUUCUGCGCUGCGAGGGUUUCCUCCGGGAGUUCGUGACGCCCAUUGUGAAGGUCUGGCGAGGCCGCGAGGUGAUGAGCUUCUUCACGCUGGCGGAAUACGAGGCCUGGAAGCAGGUGAACAACAAUGGCCAUGGCUGGUCUUGCAAGUACUACAAGGGCCUUGGAACCAGCACAGCAGCUGAAGCAAAAGAAUAUUUCUCCGACCUGCAGCAACACGAACUCACCUUCUUGACCAAUGACGGCGAUGAUGCGCUUAUCGACAUGGCCUUCAACAGCAAGAAGGCCGAUCAACGCAAAGAGUGGAUCUCCAAUUGCUCGGGAAACGAGUUCGUGGAUCACACUCAGCCAACCCUGACCUUAAAUGACUUUGUACAGAAAGAGCUGGUGCUGUGGGCGAAAUAUGAUGUGGAAAGGGCAAUCCCUUGCUUGGUUGAUGGUCUGAAACCGGGGCAACGGAAAGUGCUUUACUGCGCCUUCCUCAAGAAGCUGAACCAGGAGAUCAAGGUGGCGCAGUUCUCGGGCUUCGUCGCCGAGAAGAGUGCCUACCACCAUGGCGAAUCUUCACUGCAGGGCACAAUCAUUGGUAUGGCCCAGAACUUUGUUGGCAGCAACAACAUCAAUCUCCUGGCGCCUCAGGGCCAGUUUGGCACGCGCAUGGCGGGCGGUAAGGACCAUGCAGCCGCCCGGUACAUUUUCACCAGGCUGUCCAGAACGGCUCGCUUCCUUUUCCCACCGGACGAUGACCCUGUGCUGGAGUACCAGUCGGAAGAGGGGCAGCGGAUAGAGCCGAAAUGGUAUUGUCCCGUGCUUCCGAUGGUCCUGGUGAACGGAGCGGAGGGCAUUGGCGUGGGCUGGAGCACCUCGGUGCCGAAUUACAACCCCCGCGACCUCAUCGCCCACCUCCGGCGGCGCCUCCGUGGGCAACCGCGAGGGGAGCGGCUCGUGCCCUGGUACCGCGGCUUCCGCGGCACCGUGGCGCGCGUGGCGGAGCACGAGGGACGCUUUGAGACCAUUGGUGUGAUACAGAGGCGAGGCCUGACCAAGAUCGAGGUGACCGAGUUGCCAGUCCGAAGGUGGACACAAGACUACAAGGAAUGGAUCAUGGAGCAGAUGCAUGAGAACAAUGGCAAGCGAGCCAUGAUCUCUGAGUUUCGAGAGCAUCAUACAGACAACACGGUCCACUUCAGCCUGAGCAUGCUCCCAGAAAAGGUGGCCACUGCUGAAGAGAAAGGCUUUGAGAAGGCCAUGCACUUGAAAUCUUGGAUCUCGACCUCCAACAUGUUCCUCUUCGAUGCAAAGGGGAAGUUGAAGAAGUAUGACUCACCUGAGGAGAUCCUAGAGGAGUUUGCUGUUGUGAGGCUGCAAGUGUACCAGCAGAGAAAGGAGCACCGGAUUCGUCAGAUUCAAAAGGAGGCGGCCUACAUGAGUGAGAAGGCCAAAUUCAUCCGAAUGGUGGCGGAAGGAGAGCUGGAAGUGGAAAACCGCCCGGCGCAGCAGGUGUGUGCAGAGUUGCAGCGCUUGGGCUUCCGGACCAAGCAUCAGAUCGAGCAAGGGGAUGUUGAGCUGAGAAGUCCAGAGCCAAAACGAAAGAGGUUGAGGGCCGUGAUUCCGGUGCCCGACCAAGACUUGGACUUGUUCGGACCGGAUGGCUACGGAUACCUGCUCAAGAUGAAGAUGUGGACGUUGACUGAGGAGCGCGCUGCCAAGUUGAUGGAGGAGCUGGAGAAGUUGAAGGAACUGUGGCCUGGAGAGCAUUCCGAGACGACGACUCACACGCGAGAUUUCAAUCGGUGA